GCGAGGCCGUGAAUACCAGGGUAAACCCCUCCCACGCUCGCCGGGAGGGAAAGGACCCGGCCCCCCCCCCCCGCUCCCCCUUUCUCCCGGAGGUGAAGGCGAAGGAGGCAGGAGCGUUGGCCGAUCCCCUCCUCCCGGCGCAGGGGGAGGAGGAAGGGGAAGGAACGAGCCCGGGCAGCCGCGGCGGCCGGCGCUGAGCUCGGCCCGGCGGCGGGUCGAGGGGAGGGGAAGCCCCCCGCGGCCCUUCCCCGGCGGGAGGGUCCCGGCGGUGCGGGGGGCGGUGCCACCGACGCGGGGCGGCGGCUGGAUCCUGCCCUGGGACGCCGGAGCCGAAGUUGCGGCGGGGCGGCGGCCGCCCCUGUUGUCUCUCCCGAUGUUCGUGUGACUCGGCGGCGGCGAGGAGGAGGAGGAGGAAAGGGGGAACCUCCCGCCUCAGCCCCGCUCGCCGCUGGUUGUUGUGCGUGAGAGACAGACACACACACCCCGCUCCCCCGUCCCUCCCCUUCCCUCGCCCCGCAGCCCCGGGAGGCCGGAGCGGGCGCGGUGCUGCCGCCGCGUCUCGGAGUUCCCUCGGCCCGGCCCGGGCGCCGCUGCUGCCGGAGGAGGAGGAGAAGGGCUGCCCCGGCGGGCAGGCGGCCCAGCCAUGAGCGGCGGGGAGGUGGUCUGCUCGGGCUGGCUCCGAAAGUCCCCACCGGAGAAGAAGUUGAAACGCUACGCAUGGAAGAGGAGAUGGUUUGUGCUUCGCAGCGGCCGUUUAACGGGGGAUCCAGACGUAUUGGAAUACUACAAAAAUGACCAUGCCAAGAAGCCUAUCCGUAUUAUUGACUUAAAUUUGUGUCAACAAGUGGAUGCUGGAUUAACAUUCAACAAAAAAGAGUUUGAAAACAGUUAUAUUUUUGAUAUCAACACGAUAGACAGAGUUUUCUAUUUGGUAGCAGACAGCGAGGAGGAGAUGAAUAAGUGGGUUCGAUGUAUCUGUGAUAUCUGUGGGUUCAACCCUACAGAUGAGGAUGCUGUGAAGCCACCGGUCAGUUCUUUACAACCAUCUGCUGAGUUACCCUUGCCCAUCAACACUUCACCGCCUUCUGUGCAAGCAGAGUCUUCCCUACCUCCUCCAUAUCAGCUUAUUAACAUCCCCCCACUGGAGUCGUCCUCUGGUCAAGAAGAUCCUCAAGACUACCUACUGCUAAUAAACUGUCAAAGUAAAAAACCCGAACCUAUGAGCCAAGGGUCACCCUUUCUCUCGGAAGAAGGGCAGGAAUACCUGCUAUUAGAAGAUUUUGAAAGUAAAAAGAUUCCACUGCAAUCUCAUGCUGACUCAGCAAAAUCCAGCUCUUCUGAAACAGACUGCAAUGAUAACGUGCCCUCCCACAAAAAUCCUGCUCCAUCAGCGAGCAAGCAUGCUGUGAAUGGCUUUUUUCAGCAGCAAGGUGUCUAUGACUCCCUGCCUUCUCGUACUGCACUGACACUGGCAGAGUGCAGCCUUUAUAACCUGCCUAGGAGUUACUCACAGGAUGUUUUACCGAAGGCAGCGUCUCCAUCUGGGACUGAUGCAGAAGGAGAGCAACAUGUUUUCAACACCCCAUCAGCAACAUCUUCAUUAGACGCACAGAUGAGACACAUCGCCAUUAGCUAUGACAUUCCCCCCACACCUGGAGGUACUUACCAGAUUCCACGAACUUUUCCAGAGGGAACGUUGUCUCAGACUUCAAAACUGGAGACUAUUCCAGAUAUUCCUCCACCUCGGCCACCAAAACCUCACCACACUGCAGAUCGAUCUCCUGUGGAAACAUGUAGCAUUAGUCGCACUGCUUCAGACACUGAUAGUAGUUAUUGCAUCCCUACAGCAGGAAUACCGCCCUCGCGCAGUAAUACCAUUUCAACUGUAGAUUUGAAUAUCUUUCGUAAAGAAAUUAGUUCUCAAGACUGUUAUGAUAUUCCACGAACGUUUCCGAAUGACAGAUCUAAUUCAUUGGAGGGCUUCCAUAACCACUUUAAAAACAGAAGCAUGUUGACAGUGGGAAGUGUUUCAAGUGAAGAACUAGAUGAAAAUUAUGUCCCAAUGAAUCCCAACUCUCCUCCACGACAGCAUUCCAGCAGCUUCACUGAACCCAUCCAGGAAACAAACUAUGUACCAAUGACACCAGGCACGUUUGAUUUUCCGUUAUUUGGAAAGCAAGUCCCUCCUCCUGCUCACAUGGGUUUCAGGUCCAGUCCAAAGACCCCUCCCAGACGGUCAGUACCUGUUGCAGAAUGUGAGCCACCGCCAGUGGAUCGGAACCUCAAGCCAGACAGAAAAGGUCAAAGUCCUAAAAUUUUAAGACCUAAACCACAUGGUUUAGAGCGAACUGAUUCACAAACCAUAGGUGACUUUACUACAAGAAGAAAGGCAAAACCAGCUCCACUAGAAAUAAAACCCCUGCCUGAAUGGGAAGAAUUACAAGCCCCGGUUAGAUCUCCUAUCACCAGAAGCUUUGCACGAGACUCCUCCAGGUUUCCCAUGUCUCCCAGACCGGAUUCAGUUCAUAGUACAACUUCCAGCAGUGACUCGCACGACAGUGAAGAGAAUUAUGUAUCCAUGAAUCCAAAUCAGUCCACUGAAGACCCAAAUUUGUUUGGAAGCAACAGUCUUGAUGGAGGAAGCAGCCCUAUGGUAAAACCUAAGGGAGAUAAACAAGUAGAAUAUUUAGAUCUGGACCUAGAUUCAGGAAAAUCUACCCCACCUCGUAAGAAAAAGAGCAGUGGUUCGGGCAGCAGCGUGGCAGAUGAACGAGUUGAUUACGUUGUGGUUGACCAGCAGAAAACGCUAGCAUUGAAGAGCACGCGAGAGGCGUGGACUGAUGGGAGACAGUCUACAGAAUCUGAAACACCUACAAAAAGCGUGAAAUGAAAAUGCUGCUUUUUCUUCAAAGAACAGAAAGGAGUGAAUUUUGAAGAAUUACAGAACCACAGUGGCAGUGUUGUUCAACUAUACAGUCAGUACCUGGUUCACUGGUGUGUGAAUAGGUUCUUGACCAAAUAGAAUGGAAGCCAAAGGACACUUUGAAUAUAUCAAAGGAAUUUUAAGAUCGUAAAUUGGCUCUGUGGUCUCUGGAAAAAUUGCAACCUGUAAAUAACAUGUAAAAUAGUAUUGCUUAGCUUUCAGAAAACCUUUUGUUCUGUAGUUAACACAUUUGUAGUAUUACUAUGUUUAUGCACUUUUUCAGUUACAAUGUUGGUUCAGGUAUUCCCAGUUAGUGUACCUUAAUGCCUAAUUCAUCUGGAGAAUUUUUUUUUCCUUACACUACUAUUCCUUACAAUUUUAGGUUAAUUAAGCUACAUGUAGAUACAGAAAUUAAUAUUUGAACUUCAUUUUAACAUCUUAAAUUUGAUUUUGCGGAAAUACUUUCACAAUUGAAUAAUCUACUUGAAAUGCCAAGAGACGACCGUUAGUUACAUACUUGUUUAUAUUUAAUACACACAAGAUUAUUUGGAAGUCUACAGGUUACCUUCCUAACAAAAAUUGCUGUGAGUUAAUAAUAAUGAACUGUACUGGGUUUAGACCUACAAUCCUGGCUUAUAUGUUAGUUGUUAGUGGUGGAACUUCUAUUGUAUUUUAUUAAUGACAGUGUUCUGUGUUCAAUGGGUGAAGAUUCUGCAGGGUGGGAUCUUACACUUUUAAAGACUGAAUAAUUAAAUAUCAAGUAAGCCUGCAAACCACUGAUGGCAUGCAGUAAUAUUGUGAUCUCACACUUAUUAACAAGAAAUAACCUUUAUAUUAUUUACAGAAGGUAGAGUAUAUAAAUCAGGUACGUACCAAGCACUAUUGUGCUAAUACACUGAUCAGGUUUAGACAAUGAGCUUUAGUUUUGUACUAUUUAGAAGUUCUAAUGUCAGUUUUCAGUUCAAGAUUAAUGGGACAGUUUGACAUUCACUGUUCGUAGUACUAGCAAAAUACUGUGAUUUUGAAUUAGACAUUAAUUCAAAUGGAAAUACUAUGUUUUGACACCAUAGUGCCCUUCUUAUGAUCUCUAUUUUACUUUAAUCUCCUGCUUGGCCUUAUAUUUAAAUCCCUAUGCAACUGAUAUUUUAUAUCUCUGUUUUUAAAAAUUAGAUAAUAUACUUAAAUGAUCCCCUUGUAAACCACUUGUUGUUCUUUCCUGGUACAGGAUUUUAAGCUCUGUAUACUGUGAUCCUUUAUUUUACUAUGCCAGUUCCAAAUAAUAAUCUGCCUUGGUUUAGAAACUUUUUUUUUGUUAUUUGGAAGAAGAUAGAGUUCUUUAAAUACGUGAAUGAGUUAGGUCUAGAUAGAAAACUUACUAACACUUUUUUUUUUACACAAACACCCUCAAGUAAGCAGUUGGUUUUUGUUUUCCCACCCAAUUGUUUUAUUUUGUCCAGAUCAUUUAAAAGUUGAGCAUAGAGCUGUGUUCUUUUCUGGCAUGUUGGCCUUAGUACUGUGCCUAAUCUACCAUUGGUUGUUUCUCUCCCCUCACAGCCACAAUCUACAGUAUGUAAAUUAUCUUAUUCUUAACAAGGGUUCUUUUUAAAUUAGUAAUAUUUUGAUGCUUUGAAUGUUCAUUUUAAAAAAGAAACUAAACACAAUGCAUUUUGAGGUGAAUUUUAAAUAAAUCAAGUUGUUCAGUUUUGAUGUGUAAA